AUGCGCAGAGCUUCCAAGGUGGCGGCGCCCCGGACCCACAGACCAGGGGCCUUCUUGGGAGCUCUGAGGACUGGGAAAGUGACCCCUUCUCUGUCCCCACUCCCCACGCAGGUCAGGGAGAUCACGUUCCUGAAAAACACGGUGAUGGAAUGUGACGCGUGCGGGAUGCAGCCUGCGCGCACUCCAGGCCUGAGCGUGCGGCCGCUCCCGCUCUGCGCGCCGGACUCGUGCUUCCCCGGCGUGGCCUGCACCGACACGGCCGGCGGCGCGCGCUGCGGCCCCUGCCCCGCGGGCUUCACGGGCAACGGCUCGCACUGCACCGACGUUAAUGAGUGCAACGCCCACCCCUGCUUCCCCCGCGUCCGCUGCAUCAAUACCAGCCCGGGCUUCCGCUGCGAGGCCUGUCCACCGGGGUACAGCGGUCCCCCCCACGAGGGCGUGGGGCUGGCCUUCGCCAAGGCCAACAAGCAGGUUUGCAAUGACAUUAACGAGUGCGAGACCGGGCAGCAUAACUGCGUCCCCAACUCCGUGUGCAUCAACACCCGGGGCUCCUUCCAGUGUGGCCCCUGCCAGCCUGGCUUCGUGGGUGACCAGGCCUCUGGCUGCCAGCCCCGUGCCCAGCGCUUCUGUCCCGAUGGGUCCCCCAGCCCGUGCCAUGAGAAGGCUGACUGUGUCCUGGAGCGCGAUGGCUCGCGGUCCUGCGUGUGUGCCGUGGGCUGGGCUGGCAACGGGCUCAUCUGCGGCCGCGACACCGACCUGGACGGGUUCCCAGAUGAGAAGCUGCGCUGUUCAGAACUCCAGUGCCGCAAGGAUAACUGCGUGACAGUGCCUAACUCAGGGCAGGAGGACGUGGACCGGGAUGGCAUCGGAGAUGCCUGCGACCCCGAUGCGGAUGGAGAUGGGGUCCCCAAUGAGCAGGACAACUGCCUGCUGGUACGCAACCCAGACCAGCGCAACUCUGACAAUGACAAGUGGGGUGAUGCAUGUGACAACUGCCGGUCCCAGAAGAAUGACGAUCAGAAGGACACAGACCGGGACGGCCAGGGCGAUGCCUGUGAUGAUGACAUUGAUGAUGAUCGGAUCCGAAACACAGUGGACAACUGUCCCAGGGUGCCCAACUCAGACCAGAAGGACAGUGAUGGUGACGGUGUAGGGGAUGUAUGUGAUAACUGUCCCCAGAAGGACAAUCCGGACCAGAUGGACGUGGACCAUGACUUCGUGGGAGAUGCGUGUGACAGUGACCAAGACAAGGAUGGGGACGGACACCAGGACUCUCGGGACAACUGUCCUACAGUGCCUAACAGUGCCCAGCAGGACUCGGACGAUGACGGGCAGGGCGAUGCCUGUGAUGACGACGACGACAAUGAUGGAGUCCCUGAUAGCCGGGACAACUGCCGCCUGGUGCCCAACCCUGACCAGAAGGAUGCAGACAGGGACGGCGUGGGCGACGCAUGCCAGGGUGACUUCGAUGCUGACAAGGUGGUGGACAAGAUUGACGUGUGUCCAGAGAACGCCGAGGUCACCCUCACUGAUUUCCGGGCCUUCCAGACAGUGGUGCUGGACCCGGAGGGUGACGCACAGAUUGACCCCAACUGGGUGGUGCUCAAUCAGGGCAUGGAGAUCGUGCAGACGAUGAACAGUGACCCGGGCCUGGCUGUGGGUUACACGGCAUUCAACGGCGUGGACUUCGAGGGCACGUUCCACGUGAACACGGCCACGGAUGACGACUAUGCCGGCUUCAUCUUCGGCUACCAGGACAGCUCGAGCUUCUACGUGGUCAUGUGGAAGCAGAUGGAGCAGACAUACUGGCAGGCCAACCCCUUCCGUGCAGUGGCCGAGCCUGGCAUCCAGCUCAAGGCCGUGAAGUCCUCCACGGGCCCCGGAGAGCAGCUGCGGAACGCACUGUGGCACACGGGCGACACGGCGUCCCAGGUGCGGCUGCUGUGGAAGGACCCCCGCAACGUGGGCUGGAAGGACAAGACGUCUUACCGCUGGUUCCUGCAGCACCGGCCCCAAGUGGGCUACAUCAGGGUGCGGUUUUACGAGGGCCCCGAGCUGGUGGCUGACAGCAAUGUGGUCCUGGACACGACCAUGCGUGGUGGACGGCUGGGUGUCUUCUGCUUUUCCCAGGAAAAUAUCAUCUGGGCUAACCUGCGUUACCGCUGCAAUGACACCAUCCCCGAGGACUACGAGGCCCAGCGGCUACAGCGGGUCUAGAGACCCCCGUGUGGGGACCCACGGGUGACAGGCGAUGGCGUUCCUUUCCAUUUGCUGGCCUCAAGGGGCGGCCAGCCUGGGAGGGGGACACA